AGUCUAGGUAAACGUGCGUGCAAAAAUCGAUACUCUAUCAAUUUCAGUAGAACGAAUAAUCUAUAAUGCAUUUAGAUCAAGUUGUAGAGAAUAUACUCGCUGCAUAAGUGAAGCGCUUACUGCAGAGCUCCAUCCUGACGAGCAUUUUUUCGCUGUGCAAUCAAACGUUCCGGCCUUCGUUCUUAGCACCGUGCCCUUUUUCCUAGCAGAAACGGAUUAGAAUUUGCUCCUGUGAUUUUCUGACGCGAUUAUAUUAUCUGGAUUUUCGCCCCUAGCCUACGAUCGUUGACAUUACACCUAAUGGUUCUAGCCCAACGACAAAAAGACGAGCUAAAUCGUGCAAUAUUGGAUUACUUGAGUUCAAACGGCUACAUCCAAGCAGUUAAUGCAUUGAAGGAAGAAGCCAAUUUGGAGGGCGAAAACGACAGGAAAUUCUCUGGUCUCUUAGAAAAGAAAUGGACUUCCGUUAUUCGGCUCCAGAAAAAGGUCCUCGAUCUGGAGGCGAAGUUACAAGAAGCAGAAAGAGAGUUCCAGUCAAUGCAGGCUUCCAUUGGCUACGGUCCCCCUGGAGCCGCUCCAGGUAGUGGCAUUCUUGGGCGUGGUGACAGACCUGGCGUCGAUGCGAUUCCGCGACCACCGGCAAAAUUCACAUUGACUGGCCACCGAUCCCCCAUCACUCGCGUCGCCUUCCAUCCCCAUUACAAUGUGUUUGUUUCGGCAAGCGAAGAUGCAACUAUAAAGGUAUGGGACUAUGAGACAGGCGAAUACGAGCAGACCCUUAAAGGACACACGGAUUCAGUCCAGGAUGUCGCAUUCGACCCGAGUGGAAAGCUUCUGGUCUCCUGUUCGGCUGACAUGCAAGUGAAGCUGUGGGAUUUCACGCUAUAUCAGUGCAUAAAAACGCUCGCUGGUCACGAUCACAAUGUGUCAAGUGUCUCCUUUUUACCAUCCGGCGAUUUCCUCGUCAGUGCCAGUCGUGACAAAACCAUCAAAAUGUGGGAAGUCUCCACUGGCUAUUGCAUCAAAACAUUCUCGGGUCACUCGGAAUGGAUCCGUUCUGUGCGACCCUCCCUCGAUGGCACUCUUCUUGCGAGCUGUUCUAACGACCGCACCAUUCGUGUUUGGUCUGUUGAAACCCGCGAAUGUCUUAAGGUCCUCCGUGGGCACUCCCAUGUUAUUGAGUGCAUCGCAUGGAUCACCCAUCCGCAGAGCAUUUUGGCCAUCACUGACUCAUCGGCCGCCUCGAGUAAUCCCAACUCCAACACUCCUCUCAACUCUAGUAUCCCAAAUGGCAUUGCAUCUGAAUCCGAUUCCCCGUCAGUCCUCAAUCCGGUCAGCUCCACCUUGCUCCUCGCCUCAGGCUCCCGCGAUCGCUCUAUCCGUCUGUGGGACGUCAACACUGAGCUUUGUCUAUGUGAAUUGAUCGGCCACGACAACUGGGUACGCCAACUUGUCUUUCAUCCAAAAGGCAGACUUUUGUUGUCUGCGUCCGACGACAAAACUGUGCGAGUGUGGGAUCUGAAAAACAAACGUUGUCAGAAAACACUGGAUGCGCAUUCGCAUUUUGUCACUACUCUCGACAUCAAUCGGAUAGCUCCCUUCGUGAUCACCGGUAGCGUCGAUCAGACUAUUCGGAUAUGGGAAUGCAGAUAGUGUGUGCAACGCGGGUUAUUUUGUUGUGAUCGGCGCAGUACGUCGCCCAAUUAUCGUUCCCACUACAGCAGUCUUGAGUGACGGUGGCGCCGGCGCUCAACAUUUUGUCACGUACAACCUCGCCCGCUGGUACCGCUUCAUCUCCUCCCCACGCUCUCUCUUCGUUGAGAUCGAUGUGCAUAAGUUCCAAUGAGUCCGCAAACACUGGUGUGCAGCACCUGAAUUGAUCAGAGCCACUGCAACUUGAUUACCUCUGUUAUCCGCCAUGUCAUGCACCCCCCAAGUCGGUGUCGGUCUGCACCAAUCCCCCUUGGUGUGUUGGGUCAUCGUGUAUCUGCGUUUGUAUAUUCUACAUAUCCGCGUGUUGUGAUGGGCAGAAUGCGCGCUAAUCGGUCUUACUCGCAGGCCACCCGCGUAUUGUUUUACUUUAAUUUUCUCUGCUGUGUUCAUUUCCUGUUUACACAUCUGUCUGUCUGUCUACCGCCAGCCUAUCCGUACCCCAGAUUUCAUCAUACGUUUGCCAGAUUUUUGUUGCCUUAUUUACUACAACGGCUCUAACAGUUUUUCACAUACAGUACUGACCUCUGUCUCAUUUCGCAUAGGACACCAAAGCACGGUUUUCUUCAUGCCUGUUACACUGUUGCCUCUUUCUGUCCGUUCACUUGGAAAACGGCGUCCCACACGCGCUCCUUGACGCUCGGUCUUGUCAUCAUCCCCAUGGUCAUUCCACUGUCUCCUCCCCGGCAUUGUCCGUUGGUGCGCCCACCUCUUCCCACUCCGCCUGCCUGUUACGGGUAUUUGCACUACUUACCCGUUGAGGUUUGCCGUACGGUGCGUUUCUUGGGCUUCGUUCACUCUAAACCCAUACAGCACCACAUUCGUUAGCCAUGCCUUUCGGACGACAUUAUCGCUAAGCCUCCUCACUAUCUGAAUAUAAUUCAGACUUUAUCAUCGUUCACGUGUUGUGUACUACCGGCUCCUUUUCGCUGAUCUCUUUUCCUCCAUACAGCAGAGAACCUCCGCCUUGUACAUUCACGCACUACUUCUGAUCCCUCGGCUUUGUUUUAUUUUCCUCUUGGUGCUCUUUUUUGAUGAUGGUUCCUCCUUGCAACCUCUCCAUCGUCUCCUGAAUUUCGUCGCUGUCAUAAUACAUGCGCUUAUAUCGCGAAUUAAUGGUUCUCAACUCCGUGUUUGUUAUCCCCUAUCUGCCAUUCCUCUUUGUGGUAGACCUGAUUACAUACUUUCGCUUCCA